AUGACUUCACAAAGAGUCUCAAAGUUUAUGGAGCACCAAAAUGAGAUGGUCGGCUUUUACAAUGACCAUGCGCCACCACCACCACCACCAUACAGUGAACGAGAUCAACUACUACUCUCAUCAUCACCACCACCAUCACUACUACCACAGAUUCCGGGAUACCAUUCUGUGCAACACAAGCAUUCAAGGAUACCGCCUUCAUCAUCCACUGCUUGCGACAUACCAAAAAGUGCCAAACAUUACAAUUAUUGCACAAGUACCCGACAGCAGAUUAACAGCAUGCUUCAACAAUUUCGACAAUACAUGAACAACCGCCGUGCUAAUCGACGAGAAAAACGACCACAAGAUGGCAAGACCAAUCCUUUUGAGUAA